AUCAGCUGCUGCAUCGCCCUGGCUUGACUAAUCGAGUUUUGUCCCGCAAUAUCUCUGGCGACCGCUGUCCUCAAUCUUAAAGCAAUCUUUUAAUCGUCGAUAAUUAAGCAUUAUCGCCAUUUUUGGCCCUUAUUAAACCUUUUUUGCCGCCAACUUGUUGAAGAUUCGACCCGAAAAUGGUUGCGAGGUCGCUGAUCGCGUUUUCGGCAGCGGCGGUUUUCCUCGUCGUCGGUGCUGCAGCGGACGAAGCGACAAAUGUAUACGGCGCCGACUUUGCCUUGCGUGAGGGAAGUCACUUUGUCAUUCAUUGCAACGUGACCAACUUUGAGACCCUCAAGUGGCAGAAGGACAAUGUCGACAUCGAGGAAACCACAACCAACAACAUCACCCUGCUUGAGGCGAAGACGCCGUGGGGCAAAACGGCCGAGCUAAGGGUGUCUUACGCCACCACGGGCCACACAGGCUCCUACCGCUGCAACUCUUUCCACAACCGCGGCCAACAUAUCUACGUCAUAGGCCGUUCCUCAAUCCUAACCAAUAAAGACGAGGGCCAGCACAUGGUCUUGAAACAUGGCACUCCCUUAAGGUUGGAGUGCAAUGUCACAGAUGAGAAUCCUCAGCUCACUUGGUCUCGAAUCCACAUUGAUACUGAGAAAGAAGAGAAAAUUGAUGCGGAAAAUGCCAGGUUUAAAGUGAUUGCCAACCACCAGUCUAGCAGUUUGACGUUAUUGAGACCAACGAUUGAUGACGCCUACUACGACUACUUGUGCAAACUGAGCAAGAAGAGCAAUGUUGGCCAGACCAUGACUGUCACAGAAACCUUUACUAUGAUUUGGCCCACCGCCUGCAAAAUGGCAAAAGAGCAUGUAGUUGUUGAAGGUGAAAGUAUCACCAUCAACUGCACUGUGUUCGGAAAGCCCAGACCUGACCUUGUUUGGGAGUUUGAAAAUGAUACAAUCUCUAACCUGACUCUUGAGAGUGAUGGAGGAAGAGUGGAAGUGAAUUAUACUAUUCUCACCAUUAAAGACACUAAAAUGACUGACAGAGGCACAUAUAGAUGCAAGCCAUCUAUUCUCAAAGGAGCCUACGCAGUAAGCUGCCCAACUUACAUCCGAGUUAAAGACAAACUUUCUCCUUUGUGGCCAUUCCUUGGAAUUUGCGCCGAAGUGCUUGUUUUGUGUUGCAUCAUAUUGAUCUAUGAGAAGCGGCGCAAUAAGUCUGAACUGGAUGAAAGUGACACAGACCAAACCCCAGAACAGAAACAGACCCCUGAUGCCGGUAAAGGUGUUCGCCAAAGAAGCAACAAUUAGUGGUCAGUUUGAUCUUUUUACGUCAUUUUCUGCUGUACAAUUUUUUCUUAUCAAUUGGCUCCAAGGGAGCUUUUUUGAAAUUGUUUAACAUAAUUAACCACAUCCACAAAAUUUUUGCACCUUGCAACCAAGGAACGCUUGUUAAUAGUUAGGAUACUUGUAAAUUAUUAUAAUAAUAUAAAAAAAUAUUUAAAGGAUUGAAAAAAUGCCCAUAUGUUACUGUUACGCUUCUAAAAUGUAUGACUAGGAAAUAUGAGGUAAUCUCUGUAUGAUGAGCAGAGCAUUAGUUGUGAGCCACAUUCGAAUGAAUUUUUCUUUUUGAAUUCUUAUCAGUUGUUAGUAAUAAUUAUGUUAAAGCUUGCCACUCUGCUGGUCUCUGAUAACAAUUAUUAAUUAUUAUAUUUACUUUGAUAAAAUUGUUUGCAAAGUGCAUUUAAUUUUUUCAUAAUUGACCAUGCUAUUGUUUGUUUGAAUUUAUCAGAGAUCAGUUUAAGCAAUGAUUUAAUGUAUUUUUGACCUCAUGUAACCUUUCUUAUAUAACUAUGAAGUUAUUAAGGCAGUUCCAUUAGAUUUGCCAUAAAAUCGAUUCAUAUAAUAUUUCAUCCGACUCUCAUGUUGAAAAUGUUAAUAAAAUCUCUCGGGGGUUGUUACAAGUGUGGUUUUAUUUUGGGGACAAAACAGUUGGCAAAAAGAUUUCAUUAUCUCGUUGUGACCCUAGCGAUGACGUAAAAUGCACUAAUGUACAUUAUAUAGGUACCAAUUAACAAAUUAACUAAUUCAAUCUAUUUACCAGUGGCUUCAUUCUUUUUGAUAGUUACUUAAAUUCCCAACUUUAUUCAGUUGCACAGUUAGGAUCUAUGCUAUCAACCAGCGCCCACAAAUCCUUAAGAUUGCCAAAAAGCUGUGAAUUUUAGUACAGUUAAUUUUAGGAAUAUUGCUGAUGGUUCAAAAUUACUUACAUUUUCAAACCAAGAUGAGUGGACUGUCUCCAAAAUUUUACCAAUCCUUGAUGCAACAUCAUAUUGUUCCAUUUCUUUAUGACACAACUGGUAGCAGUUUAUCUUAAGAUGGGCAAUUUUACAGUAUUUAUAAACUCUCAAGGAGCAUUUAUGGCAGGCAAUGAAUUCCUGGAAAAUUGCCAAUUAGAAAAUAAAUUGCAUUAAUAAUAUUUAUUAUUACACUUUCAUCAGCAGCAAUUAGGUCUGGGUCUACAGGAUUCAGUGAUUGUUUACAAUAAACAUUUCCACAAGCUUCAAGGAGAUGGAUGGCAUUUUCCUUUUGGCAGCACUGACAUUUGUUGUAAACUGUUAAAUUUUGUGGUCGGAACUGAGGCCAUCGAUCCAGCAUAUCCUGCAUAUCAACAAAUUGUAAAAAUAAUAUUGUGUAAUAGUUAAGCUGAGAAACGCUGUGAAAUCAUACCAAGAUUUGUUGAGGAAAAUUAUAGAUACUCUGCAGUUUGUUUUUCCGUUGCUCAUUCAGUUUGUCAAUCUUUUCAAUUGGAAUAGUAAAGAGUGUUUCUGAAGAUUCAUGCAAGUUCAGUAUAGCAGCAAAUAUGUUUAUAAUUGGUUUUUACUCACCCUUUUCUUCAAAAAUCACUUGCAAAAAUCCACCUUCGACAGCUUGUGACAAGAGCGCCUGGAUGUAAGUUCGGAAAAUGUCUUCCACCUCGGCUGUGGCAAAGACAGAUUUGGUUUUGAUGCCCCUGUUUGAUUUUUUUUUAAUUGUUGUGUGUAUAGUGCAAUAGUUACUUUUGAAAUAAAUAUUCUUACCUUUUGGUUUU